AUGGCCUUCCCUCUCACCAACCCCACGACCCGGGAACUCACCGGAGGCGACCUCCUCGCCCAAGCCCUCAAACACAUCGGCACCGAAGUCGCCUUCGGCCUGCACGGCGGCCAUCUCGAUGCCUUUCUAAUGGGCUGCGAGUCCACCGGAAUCCGGCUGGUCGAUACGCGCCACGAAACCGCCGCUGUGCAGGCAGCCGAGGGCUACGCAAAGAUCGCGCAGAAGCUUGGUGUUUGCUUUGUCACGGCCAACAGUGGAUUCUCUAAUGGUAUCCCCGGCCUCGCAACAGCGCUGGCAGACCGCUCGCCCAUACUGUGCAUAACGUCGUCGCCGCCGCUGCGAGACGCGGAGAACAACUCGCUCCAGGGGAUUAUAGACCAGGUUGUUGUUUCGAGGCCGCUGACCAAGUUUGCACACCGGGUGACGAAUCCUGAGGACGCGCCGAGGAUUGUUUCGUUGGCUGCGAGGACUGCGUUGGCUGGGGCUUCUGGGCCCGUUCUGCUUGACUUCCCGAUUGAUGUGCUGUUUACGCCCGUCCAUGAAAAGCUCAUCUCGUGGGGAUCGAUCUCGUCUCCUUCUUCUUAUGCCCCAGGGCCUCAUGUCGAGGCUGUCAAAGAAGCCGUCAGUCUGCUUCGGUCUGCAACCCGGCCGGCUGUAAUUAUCGGUAGUGGAGGGCAGUCAAACGAAACAACAACGCAGCUCCUCCACCUCUCCAACCAAAUCAACAUCCCCAUCUUCGACACCCAAAAAUGCACGCGCUCCUCGACCCUCGCAGCAGAAUGCAAAUUCUACGGCGGCGGCGCCGGCGGACUCGGCCUCCUCGCUGCCCUCAACAACCCCCAACCAGACCUCAUUCUCCUCCUCGGCGCACGAACAGGAAUGUUCCUCGGAGGCCGCAGCGGCGCCAUAAUCCCACCGCACGAGAAAUGCAAACUCAUCCACGUCGACGUCGACGGCGGCGAAAUCGGACGCACCCUCCCCGUUGACGUCGGCGUCAUCUCAGACGUAGGCCAGUUCGUUGCCGCACUCAACGCCCAACUCCCAGAAAUCUCUGUCGAUAAAAGCUGGGUGAAUACAGCAAUAACCCUACAAUCACUCCCAUCUCCCUACGAGAACGACGCCCCAACCAAUGCCUCAGGCCACAUGCACCCCUACCACGCGCUAAAGGCCUUCUUCGCCUCACUGCACGACCACUCCCCCAUCCUCGUCACCGACGGCGGCGAAUGUGCCCUCUGGGCCGGCGCCGUCUCCCACCUCGCCUCCCCCUCCGCAACGCUCAAAUCCACCGGCGCCCUCGGCUUCCUCGGAAACGGAUUCGGAUACGCCCUCGGCGCCGCGGUUGCAGCUCCACAUAAGAAGGUCGUCAACCUGCACGGCGACGGCUCGGCCGGGUUCCAUUUCAUGGAGCUGGAUACUUAUGCGCGUCUGGGGCUUGACGUGCUGACUGUUGUGGUGAAUAAUUACUGCUGGGGCAUGAGCUCGAAUGGGCAAGAGUUGGUGUAUGGGGAGGAGAACCCGGCGAGGCCGGUUAGUGCGCUGUCGGCGGUUACGGGGUAUGAUGCUGUUUCGAGGGGGUUGGGGAAUCGGGGGGUGAAGGUGUUGAAGGUUCAGGAUGUGGAGGGGGCUGUUCAGGUUGCUGUUUCUGGGAAGGGUCCUGCUUGUGUUGAGUUGGUUGUGGAUAGUAAACCGAUUCAUCCGGUGACGGAGAUGAUGGUGGGACGCACUGAGGACCCGAAUUUGGUGGUUGUGCCUUAUUAUGAUAAUAUCCCGCGGGCUUAUUACAAGGAUUAG